UGGGACUUGAGGUAAAACUGAACGUUUAGAUCAGCUUGACAUUUAUGACAUCACGAAAUGGAAGACAAUAUACCGAACAAAGACUUUGUGAUAUAACCAACGACAUCAGUAGCGCCUCACGUGCCCCUUGCCUUGACAUACUUAACAGCAUGGCUGUGAGGGUGACGAUAAUCUAGGACAGACUAAACUUCUCACCAAGGGUGAGUCGGCAAUAUUGUACAUAAAGUGGUCGAUCAGCAAUCCAGCCAUCCGUCACCACAGCUAUAAUAUCAGGAGCUAGUCGGACGCCACAUUAAUAUAACGCCUGUAGCUUGAAUAACAGACCCACUGGUGUGUGUGUAGAGAGCUGUAUAGUCGUGAGGAAGAGUCAGGUCCGGCACUUGGAACAAAACAGGGACCUAUAUCUAACAUCACUGAAGUUUGGUGACGUCUUCUGCGAAUAAGGAUGGCGACCAAAACGGUGCUGGUCCAUAUCAAGCGGGCUCUUUGUAAAGAGCAUGCGCGGUACUUGUGCAGAUCGUUCUCAACUCGUUCUUCACAUUUGCCAUUGAGCAGCAGUGAUAUCGUCAAACUACAGCGUCGUUGUAUUUCCACGACGUUGACUACAAUGAACGGCAAGGAACAACACAUCGUAACAAGCCCCUUUUCUCCAGUGGAUAUCCCGGAUGUGAACUUCGCUGAGUUUGUGUUGUCAAAGUACAGCGAGUUUGGAGAUCUAAAAGCUUUGAUGGACGCCACCACCGGCCGGACGCUGACGUUCCGGGAGCUGAGGGAGUCUGUGUUCCGGGUUGGAAGCGGACUGACCAGGCUGGGAGUGAGGAAAGGAGACACGGUCCUGAUUUUCACCACCAACUGUAUCGAGUACCUGAUCACCAUGGUGGCUUGCGGUGCAAUCGGAGCAGUUCUCUCCACGUCCAACCCCUCAUACACCACCAGUGAGCUGCGCCGCCAACUGGAACACUCGAAAUCCAGCACAGUGAUCGUCCUGUCCGACUUCAUCUCAACUGUAGAACAAGCAGUGAAGUCCUCGGAAAUACUCCAGCGUUCCGUCAAGAAUAUCAUAGUGAUUGGCCAGACCCACGGAUAUAGGUCGUUCUCAACGCUGCUGGAAGAUGACGGCAAGGCGUUUCCUGACGUCGACAUCUCCAGCAAUGACGUCCUCCUCAUCCCCUACUCCAGCGGCACCACCGGCCUGCCGAAGGGGGUUAUGCUGUCCCACAGGAACAUCAUCGCCAACGCCCUCCAGAUAAAUGCCUCCAUGAGGAUGGAAGCCGGGAGGGACAGUCUACUGGGGAUUCUGCCACAGUUCCACAUCUACGGCCUGGUCGUGUCCCAGAUCUGUUCCACCAUCCAGGGAGCCGCCUAUGUCACCAUGCCCAGGUUCAUAGCGCAAGACUUCCUCACAGCUGUCAAAAACAACGAGAUCACCUACCUACAUCUGGUACCGCCACUUGUCCUGUUCCUGGCGAAAGACCCGACAGUGACCGACUACAUCUCCAGCGUGCACACCAUCAUCAGUGGAGCGGCACCGCUCGGCAAGGAGCUGUGUGAACAGCUGAAAGAACGAACCCCUGCCUGUGUACUUCAAGCGUACGGGCUUACUGAAACUGCUCCAGUAAUCUGCAUCGACCACGCGCCGGCCAAACUUGGCUCAGUCGGACCGCUUGUACCCAACACAGAGGGAAAGGUUGUGGACGUCGACAGCGGGAACGACUUGUGCCGGGGAGAGACUGGAGAAAUAAUUGUGCGAGGUCCUCAAGUCAUGCUUGGUUACCUUGACAACCAGAAAGCCACAGAUGCCACAAUAAAGAACUCGUGGCUCCACACGGGCGAUAUUGGUCACUUUGACGAGGACGGGAGGCUGACAGUGACUGACCGUCUGAAGGAGCUCAUCAAGUACAAAGGAUUUCAGGUGCCUCCAGCUGAGCUGGAGUCAGUUCUCCUCGCCCAUCCCGGUGUCAAGGACGCCGCAGUAAUGGGAGUUCCCGAUGACGAGGCAGGGGAGCUACCUAAGGCCUUCGUCGUUCUGAAGCCUGGACAGACGCUCACCCCACAAGACAUCAAGGACUUUGUUAAAGAAAAUGUGACGUCGUACAAACAACUUAGAGGCGGUGUUAAAAUGGUUGACAGUAUACCCAAGACCACCAGCGGUAAAAUAUUGAGGCGUCAGUUGAAGGAUAUGUGAUGUACGACACUGAUAAAUGGGGUCACGUGGUGCAGCUGCUUGGGGCGACGAUAGUGACGUCCGUAGGAUGAAGACUAAUCUCGUCAAAGAUGAUACCCUUUGGAUCAAGAGCCUGUUGUUGUAAGAUAACACAAAACCACCUUAGCGCUAAGGCCAUCGUAACUCCAUACCGUAACAUUGGCUUACUACAGACUUAACGCUACUGUUGUUGUGUGGAACUGGGAACUGGGCCCCGAUCCACAAAGCGUUCGUAGCGCUACGACAAUCGUAAGCCUAUGAUAAACUAUAGAGUUACGACAGGUCGUAACGUUACGAACGCUUUGUGGAUCGGGCCCCUCCCUGUACAAGAACACUACAACUAUAUGCCCACAGAACUACCACAGGUCAGACUUACAACGGCUGCAUCGCUCAGAUCGUAUUUCACCCAGAGUAUUACCUACUAAUGUUUAAAGUAUUGUUAUAUCUAUUAUCAACGCACACUUUGAGUGAGUGAGUGGGUUUAGUUUAACGCCGCUUUUAGCAAUAUUCCAGAAAUAUCACGGAGGUGGGCAUCAGAAAUGGGCUUCACUCAAUGUACCAACGUUGGCAAUGUACCUAUGUGGGGAAUCGAACCGGUGUGACGAGCAAACGCUUUAACCACUAGGCUACCCCACGGCCCACACAGUAUGAGAUGUGGUUAGUAAUGUGUUGUGAAAUAAUAUUUGACACAGUUAUGAUGUGAGGUUGUACUGGGAAAUCACGUCAAUAUGAUUGUUACUGCUAUGCUUACCGAAUCUUUACAUGUCCUCAGGCCAGGUAUGCAUUGUGGGAUGUUUUGUUUAUAUACUCAGGAUGGUCAGACAGGAUUGGUUAUAGAGAUUAUAAUGGUGAUUGCUGUUGAAAUAUGGUGAGUUAUUUUAAGAUAAGAAAUUCGGUUAAUGUCGUCUUGAUUGUAAAAUCUCCAUCAGUGCUAAUUAAAAAUACAUCAUACACUACC